GCCCCGGAAGUGCAAGCUCCGCGGUCUUAACAGGUGCGGUUUCGCCUGCCCGGCGACUGCUGUCGAGAUGCCGGGGGCUGCGGAGAGGGGCUCGGAGCUGUCCGAGAGCAUCGAGAGCUUCGUGGAAGCCCUGAAGCGAGGCGGCGGACAGCGCAGCUCGGAGGACAUGGCUCGGGAGACCCUGGGGCUGCUGCGCCGGAUCAUCACAGACCACCGCUGGAGCAACGCGGGGGAGCUGAUGGAGCUGAUCCGCAGAGAGGGCAGGCGGAUGAUGGCCGCGCAGCCCUCCGAGACCACAGUGGGCAACAUGGUGCGGAGAGUGCUCAAAAUCAUCCGGGAGGAGUAUGGCAGACUCCACGGGCGCAGCGACGAGAGCGAUCAGCAGGAGUCCCUGCACAAACUCUUGACGUCUGGGGGCCUGAGCGAGGAUUUCAGCUUCCAUUAUGCCCAACUUCAGUCCAACAUCGUCGAGGCGAUCAAUGAGCUGCUGGUGGAGCUGGAAGGGACUACGGAGAACAUUGCGGCCCAGGCCCUGGAGCACAUCCACUCCAACGAGGUCAUCAUGACCAUUGGCUUGUCCCGCACAGUCGAGGCCUUCCUCAGAGAGGCUGCGCGCAAGAGGAAGUUCCACGUCAUCGUGGCGGAGUGCGCCCCUUUCUGCCAGGGUCACGAGAUGGCUGUCAACUUGUCCAAAGCAGGCAUUGAGACCACUGUCAUGACUGAUGCUGCCAUUUUUGCUGUUAUGUCAAGAGUCAACAAGGUGAUCAUUGGCACAAAGACCAUCCUGGCCAACGGUGCCCUGCGAGCUGUGACAGGAACCCACACUCUGGCAUUGGCAGCCAAACACCAUUCCACCCCACUCAUCGUCUGCGCCCCCAUGUUCAAGCUGUCCCCACAGUUCCCCAAUGAGGAAGAUUCUUUUCACAAAUUUGUGGCUCCUGAGGAAGUCUUGCCGUUCACAGAAGGCGACAUUCUGGACAAGGUCAGCGUCCACUGCCCCGUGUUCGACUACGUCCCGCCAGAGCUCAUCACCCUGUUUAUCUCCAACAUUGGAGGGAACGCCCCCUCCUACAUCUACCGCCUGAUGAGCGAACUCUACCACCCUGAGGACCACGUCCUGUGACCAGGCUCGGCAGGCGGAAACCGCGCAGGCUGACGCGGGUGGAGCACAGACCAAGCGCCACUGCUGUGAGGCAGCCUGAGCCCCGUGGGCUGGUGGCCCCCCGUCGGGCACCCAUCCCUCCACUCCUGCCUCAUGCGCUCGCAGGGCAGCAGGCUCACUGGCUUGGUUGUGGAGCCGUCGGUGACCUGGCCGCGUCUGUGUCAGGGACUUGGCCUGUCUGUUGUGUGGUGGUAGCCAGGACACUGGACACCUCGCUGGGAUACAGACUUUUGCUCGGGAGUGGCCCCCACACCUUUUCACAGGCUGUGCCAAUAAAAGCUCCUCAGGCCUGCCGACGUGGGUGAUGUAUUGUCUUGGUCCCACGGAACCUCUCGGAGCAGCGGAGCCCUUCUUUGUCUUCAUAGAGGCUGCAAUUAGAGGGAAAUGUCUAAAAUGCAGAAGCACCAAUAAAGCAUUGGCUGUUUCCUUUUAUAGCUGGCCAGAAAUGGCCCCCGUGGCUUGUUAGGGAUCACGACAGUGGCGUCCAAGGCCUCUCUGUACCAGCAGAAUCACCUGGAAACCUAAAAAGCAAUGCGCUGUCGUGGGCUCCAUCAGCCUGCCGCGGGGAAUGCUUAGAGCUUCCCUGAAAAGGGCUCUCCUGUCUUGUUAAUAGGACCACAGACGGUCCAACCCUCGGGGCCAGUUGGGAAGCUACGCUGUAGAAUUAUGGUGCAGGCACACAAAGAAUGCACAGAGAGGCAUCUGCAGUGUCACGGCCCGAGUGUCGCAGGAGAGAGGUCAAUAAAUAAGUGGCAUUUACACUGGGAACAUUACGUGUAGGCUGCGGGAGAGGGCUCAGAGGGUGCCAGCAGUGCGGUGUUUUGAUUGAAGACUUUUUGGCUGGUUCGCCCAGCGUUUAAUUUGAAUUUGUUACCGAUAUUUAAAAAUCUGGAGAUUGCACGUUUGAAAAAU